AUGUUUCGAUAUAAAUGUAGCAAAGAGAAAAAGAAGAAAUGCGAUGAGAAACGGCCGCGAUGUGCACGAUGCAUCGAAAAGGAUCUUCAAUGCACCUACGAGGCAGUGAGACCGCGCCAACGGAGAAAGAAGGAUCCUUCGCAGCCUGGAUUUACACAAGAUUACGGGAGGGCGCGUGAACCUAUCCUAGAUGAUGAUCAGUGGCAAGAGGUUACGGUCGAUGGUGUUUCUGAGUCCGAUUGUCUCAGUCCUAUAGAUACUAAGUUUAACGACAUGUCUCCAAUGAGCUUUAAUGAAAGUGCGCUGUCUCCAGUCGAUGUCAGCCCUACGGUAUACGAAUACGACGAUGCAGAUGAUGGGGAUCAAGUACAAGAGGUGGUGCGGAGGAAUUCAAGCACUAAUGUGGUCUCCCAGGCACGAUCUCUGCAACCAGACCUCGCUAUGAUUGCUCCUUGUCCCGUCGGCUCCCCGACGCUCGAAUUUGUUCUGCCAGUAUUCUCAGAGUUUUCGGAUCGUCCUAACCGGCGCGCCCUGGUCGAUCACUUCUGCAAUGUUAUGUCACACUUGAUAGUUUUCCGGGAGGAGUCUGGCAAUCCGUUUCAACAGCUAGUCCUGCCGCUCUCCUCUAAAAGUGCCCCUAUCAUGAAUGCCGUAUAUGCAUUAGCAAGCGCCCACCUAGAGUACCGCGGAAUUUCAACACCAGAAAAGUCGUUAUACUUUCACAAUCGAGCUAUUCAAGGUUUGGCUAGGCUAAUUGAGCAGGAAGGGAAGGUUGAUAAGACUGAACUUCUUGCAGCUAUCAUGCUGUUAGUGUACUACGAAGUACUUGUCCAGCGUGGACGGACAAGUAUAGUAGACGGACAUCUCAAGGGAGCCCUGACUAUCAUGUCCUCUUCUGAAGGAGAGUCCACACCUGCUAGCCUCUUCUUAGAGCGUGCUUUCCGGUUCUACGAUGUUAUUACGGCGCUCUCGCUAGGAUCUGCCCCUCUUUCAACAGCUCCAGCUGCUGGCUGCCUCGUACCAUUCCCCCCCUUGGACGCCCCGGCGGUGUCUCCUCUCAGCAACGUUGAUAGCUUACUUGGGAUGGCCACUACCCUGUGGCCUAUUAUGCAUCGCCUAUCUAACCUGCUCUCUCUCAAGAAUGAUAUCGAGAAGGCAUGCCAAGAGAAUCAAACCUCCAAAAGCGCUGUCCUUAGAAUGGAGUUUGAAACUACUUCUCAGGCUAUCGAAACCGCUCUCACGCAAUGGGAACCAUUUCUCCCUCCAAAUAUAAUUGUUGAGAAUGGAGUGUUGAGAGGCUCUAGCGGCCGAGAAGAGAUCCCAGAGCAACAACGCCUCCAAUCCACCCUACACAACUCCCUAGCCUAUCGUCAUAGCGCAUUUGUAUAUCUAUAUCGUACUAUAUAUGGGUACUCGCCACGUCGUGAGGUGGUACAAAAGCAUGCUCACGUGGCACUCACACAUUGCGUUGGAACAGUCACCCACAGAGGACCUAUGGGAGCAUUGUUAUGGCCUUUGUUUGUAGCCGCGUGUGAGGCGGUAAACGCAGAAGAUAGAGCACUCGCUCAGGAGGCGUUUGUCGGGAUUGAUCAGCGCCAAGGUAUGACCAACAUAGGCCAGGCUUGGAAUGUCGUCCAAGAAGUCUGGAAAAGGUUAGAUGAUAUAAAUGACGAUUCCUCUGCAGUUUAUGAAUCCGAUCUGUGGAGGAAGAUUAGCGCUGAGAUGGGAGUUAGCAUCGUUUUUGGCUGA